AGUUUUUGAAGGCGAGUUGUAUGAAUUCAACCCCGAAAUUACACAGACCGAAGUUGUAGUCAAAUUGGAGAGGGAAUUCGCCUUUUGGUUCGAGCAAUAUGUGAAAGACCCAACUGUCAGUACCAAUCCCUAUAUUCUAAGUCUUGCAAAGGGACCGCUUAGAUCGGUCAAAACAUUCAAGGGGUACUGUGUGACAGCAGAGCAUAAGGGCUUCUACUUCGAGGAGUUCAAGAAGGGUUUUUGCUGGGACUCCACCCACCCUGAGGACCUGAUUAGAGGGGUCUUCUACCGACAUGCGGCUAAUCGGUACAAAGAUACUCUCCACAACAUGAAGCCAGAUAAAAAAGAGGGCAGUGUUAGUGCUGAUACUUGGGCGUCGUGGAAGCGAGACUGGGAUACUGCUGAGGCUAAGAAGAAGUCUGAGGUAGCACGAGCUAAUCGGCUGAGUGAGCCGUCCGGAGCUGGCACCGGACCGGUUCGACAUACCGCAGGAUCGAGAUCGGCUACGAGGCAUAAGACAGUUAUGACUGAGGAGCUCGGUCGAGAGCCCACUUUAGCUGAGUUGCAUGUACGGUUGCACCUGACCAAGGCUGAUCGGACUGUCUUCGUUGACAAGAGAUCAAAGGAUAAAAACGACCGUUUCCAGGCAGAGCUUGCUGCAGCGACCCAGUCUCAGGCGGCUGGAGAAGGGAGUUCGUCGACUCCAGAGCCGAUCGACGAGAACGAGCUGUUUUUGUCUCUCGAGGCAAUCAAGAAGCAGCGAGUCUACGGUAUUGGUUCGGCUUCAGCAUCCUACAUCGGCCAGAGCAGCCGAUUGCGCCGCGGCGGAUCAUCCCAGUCACAGCAGCAGGCGGUCGUUAGUGAGGAGAUCGAGCAGCGCAUUGCUAGAGAGGUUGAGGAGCGACUCGAGCAGCGGAUGCGUACUGUGGAGGCGGGUUUCGACGAGCGGAUCCGUACUGAGCUUGCGCGACUGAUGACUACACUCCCACCGGAGUUACGACCGCAGUUUCCCCCACCUCCACCUCCACCGGCUGACGACACUACUAGUUUGGGGUAA